AUGAUAUCAGAGUUCUCUGAUGCCCCGAGUAUAUGGGCUACCAUCCAGCAUUGGAUACGUAGUUGCGAUGACAAACAUUCUCUAUGCAAAGUCCAGUCGACCUUUAUUCCGAUACGUCUCCUGAAGCUACAUACGAGCGGUGGGGAGAGAAGUUUCCGCCUGGUCCUGCGCGAAGAAGUUGAGCCGGGAUCGGAAUACCUUGCGCUAAGCCAUUGCUGGGGAAACAAAUCCUGGGACCUGGAUCUCACACUUAGAGCUUCAACGCUCAUUGACUUAUCGAGAGGCAAGCCACUAUCUUGUCUUCCAAGGACGUUCAAGGACGCCUUCGUCGCCCUGGAACGGCUUGGACUACAGUACAUAUGGAUAGACCGCUUGUGUAUCUUUCAAGAUUCCGAGGUUGACUGGAGUCAGGAGUCCUCAUCGAUGCAUCAAGUGUUCAAGAGUGCAUUUCUUUGCAUCGCAGCCUUGGGUGCGGAAAACGAUGAAGGGGGCCUCUACUUUCAACGGGAUCCGAAGGAUAUCAAGCCCAGUGUUAUCGACUUAUCACUGUUUGGCACGCAAACUCAUGUGUUAACGAGUGGGAGAUAUUCUUGCUUCAUCAAAAAAGCCUUGACCACGCAACUUUAUUUUUAUGGGAGUGCCAUGAAAUGCAUUGUUCUGAGAGCCAACCUGAUGCCGACUGGUUGGGGAUCCGAACUGCAUUACGCUCAAUGGUGUGAGCUACUUGGGUAUUACACGAAAUGCCAACUUACCAAAUCACGAGAUAAGCUGGUGGCAAUAUCGGCUAUUGCUAAAGAAACAAAAAGCUUCUUAAAACCCCUUGGCGAAGAAACCAGAUAUUUGGCUGGGAUAUGGGAGGCCAAAUUACCUGAAGCUUUGGCAUGGCGUGUGCAUCCAGACAGUGUAUGCGGGAGACGGCCGGUCGAUUACCGGGCACCUUCAUGGUCCUGGGCCGCAGUAGAUGGGAAAAUCAGGAGUUCCACUAAGUCUCCUAACAGUGACUCAUUGGCCGAAGUCAUGUCAGCAGAGACAACUCUCCUGACAGAUGAUGAAACUGGCCAGGUUACGGAUGGCGCCAUUACACUUCAAGCUGCAGUGCUGCCGGCCACAAUUGAUGAUGCUUACCCAUACCCGGAAUGGUGGAAGCGGAUGAAAGCAAUCACGUCUCGUCAAGUCACGUUGUCAAGUUUUCAUGAGCCUGGGCUUCAAGCUAUAAAUGGAUCUAUAAUUGAGUCCAUGGCCCAAGCCUGGGUUCAUUUCGACACUUACGAUGACAUUUGCACCGACAUUCAGUUUGUACCUUUAUAUAUCGGUUGGUCAUCUAUGUUGGGACUCGCCUUGGUCCCCGAGGAGGGGAAGUUCAGACGGGUUGGUGUGAUUGUAGUCACAAUCCCGACUGACAAGGAAGCAGCCUUGGCAUUCAUAGGUCAACUUUCUCGACAGAGUGUGGUUAUUAGAUAG